CCCUCCUCGGCUCUCUCGCACUUCCCGUGCAGCCGCCAGCAUGACGUCCCUCGCGGCGCAGCUCUCGGCCGUGCGCUCGCUCAAUGCGUCGCGCCUCGCCUCGUCGGCGGCGCUCACGAGCCAGGUCUCCUACCUCUUCCCCGCCGACACGGCCGCGACGCAGGACAUUGCCACGGUGCAUGCGCUCGGCGUCAACGGCUGGUCGGCCCUCUGCGCACAGGAUGCGGCACUGGCGCGCUGGGAAGGCGGCGUGAUGCUCUUUGGCGAGACGAGCAAGGAGCUCGACCGCGUGACGCGCGGCAAGGAGGAAAACGAGCAGAUCGACCGCCUCGUGGCCGCCUGGCUCGCCAAGGUCGGCGCCGUGCUGCUCGGCAAGCCGGCCGCCAAGUGUCUCGAGUGGCUCGUCCGCCGCUUCCGCAUUCAAGAAUUCAGCGUGCCAGAGCUCGUCGGGGCGUUCCUGCCGUACCACGAGACGCCGCAGUUUGCGCGCAUGCUCCAGAUCUGCAAGCUCGACAAUUCGCCGUCUCUGGCAUUCCUCGUGCCGCUGCAGAAGAGCGGCACGCCGCUGCCCUCUUCUGUCCUCCUCAAGGCGCUCAUGGGCCCGGCGCACUCGACGCCCUCGCUCGAGACGCUCCGCUUCAUCGUCGGCCUCGUCUCACCCACGCAGCGCCCGCACCGUGCGCUGCUCGGCUUCUGGACCAGCACGCUGGCGCAGCUGUGCCUGCGCUGGUCCGGCCAGGCCGCCGGCGCCUCUGCUGCGGCGACGCGCAAGCGCAGUGCGCCCGGCGCGGAGGACAUGCUGCCGAUCCUGCUCCCGGCUGCGGUCAGCAUGGCCACUGCGCAAGGCACGGGCGCCCACGACUCGAACCUCGGCGGCCUGAUGCUGCUCUGCGCAAUCGGCUCGGCCUUUCCCCUGGCGCCGCUGGCUGUGCGCACCACGCUGGAUGCGGUCUUUGCCGCACCCCUGCCGCCGAGCAGCGCGCGCGCCGCCGUCGCUGCUGCCUACACGCUCGUGUGCGGCGUCGACGAGCAGGACAGCCCGCUGGCUCUGCAGACGCCUGCGGACGCCCUCAUCUCGCCCAGCACCCUCGAGGCGCUUCUCGCGCUGCCGAACCUGGAGCAGGAUCUGGCGAUCGCCGCUGCGUCGUACAGCAUCCGGCCGUUCCUUGCACACAUGGUGCAGGCUCUCAUCAGCUCUGGAAGCCGCCCGGAGCUGCUCGCCUCGCUCCUGACGGCCGAGACGACGCCCGACGACGUUGUGCGCGCCGCAGUGGUGCUGCUGCUCGCCGGCGCCGCUGCCGAUGGCCGCGCACUGCGCCUCCAGACGCUCGCGCAGCUGCGCCAGCGCCGGCCUGCUAUCGUCGACGAUGCCGUGCGCGAGCUCACGGGCGAGCUCGUCUCGGACGAGCAGCGCACUGCCACGUGGGCGUCGAUGCGUGGCGUCCUCCGCCUGCAGGCCGGCGGCUCGACCGAUGCGAAGGACGGCGACGAUGCGCUGUGGCUCGGCGUCAAUGAUGCCGAGCCCGGCGCGCGCGCUCUGGCGCUGCGCUCUCUCGCAGAUGCCGUGGCCAGCGGCGAGCUCUCGGCCAAGGACACGUUCGUGAGGGACGUGCUUCGCGCGCGGCUCGCCGACACCGACGUGGACGUGCUCGCGAUGCUGCACGGCCCGUGUCUUGCCCUUGUCAACUCUGCGCUGGAGCCCAACGAGUCCAUCGAAGCUGCCCUCGUCGCGCUGAAAGACACGCAGCUCGGUCACCAGGCAGCGGCGUCGCACGUGCGAUUUGUGCUCAGCCUUCUCGAGCAGCAGCCGGCGCUCGCUGCGCGCUUCUGGUGGGAGGCCAUCUGGCCGCGCGUGCUCGCGACCAAGAUCUCGCGCAAGACGUCCGACGAUGUUCUUGAGGCCAUCCGCAAGGCUGACCUGACGAAGGCCACCGACACGCGCACUCGCGACUUUGCCCUCCUGCAAGCCGUCGCCGCUGCGCCCACAGACGGCGAGGCGUCUGCUCUCAACGAGGCGCGCGCGCGGGCGAUCAGCAAGGAGCUCGCCGCGACGAACAGAAAGGGCUUUGGCCUGCAUCUCAAUUUCCUGCUCGAGCAGCUGGCCGCCAACAACGGCGCCGGCACACUGCUUGCCCUUCUCACGCUCGAGGCCCUCGUGCCGCUGCUUGACGAGGCCCGCUUCGUCACCGCCGCGUCGCGCGCGCUGUCGGCCGUUCGCCUGGCCGUCGACGACGGCGAGGACGAGGCGUCGCAGGCGGUGUACGCCAAGCCCGGCUCGGCACGCACGGCCCGCAAGCUGCACGCUGCUCUGCUCGUGAGCAUCGCGCGCUCGCUGCCCGUCGACAAUGCCACACCGCUGGCGCUCGGCAGUGCCUCGGGCGUGCGCGCGAUUGCUGAGCGCAUCUAUACGAUCGCCAAUGCCCGCUCGACGCCGCCGGCGCUCAGCCGUCAGGUACUCGCGGUGCUGUUCGGCCGCAUGCGCGAGUAUACGCUGCCCUUCCUGGCCGGCAUCUGGACCGGCGAAGAUGGCCCCCCGGCGGGUCUGCGCUUCAUUGCGCUGCGCCAUGCGCGGGCCUUCGUCAGCGCCUGUGGCCAGCGCGACUUUCAGACUCUUCUGCCGGCGUUCCUGCUUGCUCUCCGCUCGGAGGACGCCUCGCUGCGCCUCGAGGCUCUCGAAUGCCUUGAAGCCGUCGCCAAGCUUGCCACGGACGGCGCCGACGUGUUCUGUCUCGAUGCCGUGUACGGCGUCGAGGCCAGCAAGUCGCUCCUGUACCUCGAGACGCGCGACGUGGCCCGCUUCGCUACGGACGUCGUCGCCGCGAGAGAGGCUUUCCGGCACAACAGCCAGCACGUCACUGCGUGGCUCGCCGAGCACCUCAGCGUCACGCGCAGCGACGGCAAGCGCGACGGGAACUACAAGCGCGCCCUGCUCAGCUGCCUCGCGUCGCAUGUCGUCUCGUGGCCGUCGCCCGCGGCCCGCCUGGCGCUGCUCGACUUGCUGCGCUCGGUGUCGACCACGUCCAAGGUCAAGGAUUUGCAGCCGCUCAUCGCUGCGCUGGUGCGUCAAAACGCUGGCAUGCCGGACGAGGCGUAUGCCGCGCUGCUCUUUGCCGCGUACGACCGCAACUCGCGCACGGCCAUCGAAGACGCCAGCUCUGGCGCAUGGGCACUCAUGCUCGAGGCUCUCGCCAGCCCCGCGGCACUGGUCCAGCGGUCCGCUGCCAAUGCGCUCAAGGAUGGCCUCGCGCCGGUGCUGCGCGGCGCCCAGCUGCGGGAGGCGUUCGAGCUGCUCGCCGGCAUUGCAUCGGACCCGUCCGCCACGCCCGUGCCCGAGGUCGGCCAAGCGCUCGCCAGCCUGCCACUCGACGCUGCGCUCCUGGUGCCGCUUCUGUCCGAUCUGCGCCUCGCGAUCUCGCACGGCGCACUGAGCUCACCGCAGGCCAAGCGCAGCAAGACCAGCCAGGACGGCGACGUGGCCGUCACGCGCAGCGCCGCUGUGCUCACCCGGAUGCUGGAGUCGGCCGUGGGCCGCCCGCUAGAGACAUCGGCGGCGCUGCUGGCCGAGCUGUUCGAGGUUCUGCGCAUCGCCGUCGAGAUGCACACCAGCCGGCUGAUCGAUGCCGAGCUGCUGGUGCAGUCGUCCAUGGCCUGCAUCGCGCAGGCGUUGGAGCGCGUCGCCAAGCCGGGUCUGGAUACCGAGUCCUUCGCGGCGUCCAGCCCAGAGAUCGUGCAGGCGCUGCGCUCCGACACGGUCAUCAACGUCGUCAAGACGAGCAGCAACCCGCAGACAUUCCACCAGGCGCUGCUGCUGCUCGCGCUCAUCGCCACGCUCGACCCCGAGCCGGUGCUGCACAACGCGAUGCCGAUCUUUACAUUCGUCGGCUCGUCGGUGCUGCAGCGCGACGAUGCACUCAGCUUUGCCGUCGUCGAGCGCACGCUGCGCGCCAUCGUGCCGCCGCUUGUCAAGUCGCUCCGCCGCGCCACGGCAGACGCCUCGUACCUGCAGCUGCUGCAGGCCAGCCGGGCGUUCCUGUGCAUCUUCACCGACGCCGCAACGCAUGUGCCGCGCCACCGUCGCACAUUCUUCUUCCGCCUGCUCGUCGAGGUGCUCGGCGCCGCCGACUUUCUCGCGCCCACUGCGAUGCUGCUGGUCGACCGCUCGGCGCACAAGAUCGUCAAGCAGGCGCCGGACGAAGUCGCUGCGACGCUGGCCCUGCCGCUCUCGCUGCUGCAGCCGCACAGCGCCGCGCUGCGCCUGGCCAGCCUGAACCAGGUGUGGGACGAGGCGCUGCGGCUGUGGGCGCAGCGCGCACGCGACCCGACGGCCGCGCAGGAGCACCUCUUUCUCGACCCGCUCACGCGCAUGGACCUCGAGCACACGGGCAAGCAUCCCGAGCCCGCGCGGCGGAUCCGUGCGCUGCUGGCGUACAUUGUUGCGGCGAUCGACGAGCGCGACCUUCGCGAGGCGCUCGAGGAGGAGAGCGUUCCGGCCGCGAUGGAGGCGUUCGUCCAGCGCGCGCUCUCGCUCGCCAACGUGCCGGACGCUGCGAUUGCCGCAUCCGCCCGCCAGGCGCUCGGCAGCAUGAUGGCGCUGGUGCCUGCCGACGUGUUCCUCGCCGUCGUGUUGGAGCUGCUCGGUGACAAGAGCACGGAGCGGCAGCGCAGCGGCCUCGAGCUGCUUGCUGUGCGCCUUGCCGGCCUGCCUGCCGAAGACCGCGCCGCUGCAGCUGCGCAGACGCCGCGUGUCAUCGACGCUGCGCUCGCAGCACUGCAUGGGCCACUGGAAAAGCCUGCGUUGUCCGCGCUGGCGGCGAUUGCCUCGUCGUGCGUCGCAGCGGAGCAGGCGCCGCUCGCAGCGAGCAUCCCCGAGCUGCUCAAGACGGGCGAGCAGGCCCAGCUCGUGCUCAGCCCGCUCUCGCGGCGCCUCGGCUCGCGGCUCAUCCCGCACCUCGCCGCGCUCGUGUCCUUUUGCGUCGAGGCCCCGUCGGUCGGCGCGUUUGGCACGCUGGCCGGCCUGGUCAGCUCGGUGCCGACGUUUAUGGCGACGCACCUCGGCGCCAUCGUCUGGCUGUCCGCCACGCCCGCGCUGCAGGCUGCCGAUGCGCAGACGAGCGAGGCCAAGGCGGCGCUCGUCGAGCUGCUCAACGCCUGUGUGCGGCGCAUUCCCGCGCUGCAGGUCUUCGAGGCGCUCGCCGCCGUGUGGGAUCCGCAGGGCUCCAAGCACCUGCAUCUUGCCGUGCUCGAGCUGCUGCACCGCGUGCUGCGCGCCGGCGACCGCACCGCGAUCGCGAGCAUCUACAAGCCGGUGUUCCGCUUCAUGCUGCGCGUGCUCGACCUGCGGCGCGACUGCACGCUGUCCGCAGCAGACCUGGCCGCCGUCGAGGACCGCUGCGUGGGCGCCUUUGUGCGCAUGGUGCUCAAGCUCAACGAGACGACGUUCCGCCCGCUCUUUCUGCGCAUCUACGACUGGGCUGCGCUGGACCUUGCCGAGGAGGACACGCCGGUCGACGACGCGGCGCUGUGUGCGCGCCGCCUGGUGCUGUACAAGGUCAUCAAUGGGCUGCUCGACGCGCUCAAGGGGCUCGUCGCCAAUUACUAUGCCACGGUGCUCGACCUCAGCGUGGAGCUGCUCGAGGACGGGCGAGUGCCUGCGCCGCUGCAUGCCGCCGUCGUGCAGAGCAUCCUCAAGAGCGCGCGCUACGACGAGGGCACUUUCUGGUCGCCUGUGCGCGUCGCCAAGCUCGUGCCGGUGCUGCUCGCCCGGCUGGCGGGCACCGCGCGCGCCGCCCACGGCGACGCGGUGUCCACCACGUCGGCGCUCUCGCAGACGCUCGCCGCACUGGCGCUCGCCGUGCCCGACGAGCGCAGCAUCAAGCUCAUCAACGGCGGCCUGCUCACCAAGGCGCGCCACGAGGACGCGCGCGUCAAGCUCGCCGCGCUCGCGGCCGUGCGCCAGCUGUGGGCGCAGGAGGACCUCGCGCCGACGCUCCUCGGCCUCGUGCCCGAGACGGUGCCGCACAUCAGCGAGCUGCUCGAUGCCGACGAGCAUGCGGUGCUGGACGCGACGAACGGCGUCGUGACGGCGAUUGAGGGCGUGCUGGGCGAGCCGCUCUCGGCAUACCUGCAGUAGUGAGGGGGCCAAGUGCUGAGAGGGCCAAGUGGUGAGAGGGCCAAGUGGUGAGAGGGCCAGCACGGGCAGGCUGCAGUGAUCCAGCCGAUCACACCUCGGCGGCUCAGCAAUGCUAUGAAUAAAGACAGUGCUU